AUGUUUAACGUCCAGGGUCGGAAAUAUGUCCCCACGCGCUCCUCGGUCACUGACAACUCUUCGCUAACCGUACAGGCUGUUCACAUCAACAAGUCCCCGAAGAAGCUCUACGAGGCACCGGAGGCGACGUGGCCGCCACUGGUUGAUAAUAUGCGGAUCUCCAAGGGUAACAAGGGUGCGGCGGUGGUGAGGGCUGUGCGCCGGCAUCCGUCACCUCAGCCGGCCAGUCUGGAGAGCCUGGAGGCGGCGUGGAGCGACAGAGUGCAACGGGAGGUGAAAUCACCAGGGAGUUUACCGGUCCCCGAGAGACUGAACGGUGACGGAGAAGCUUGUGUGAGCGGACAUGGAGGGGGGCCACCGAGGAGCAGGAAGAAGGGGUUCAAACCCCCGGACGUCCGGACCAUUUUCUCCCCCGAGGAGAGAGACCCGAGGGUAAAGCAGGAGUCCGGGGAGGGGCACAGCUUCGAGGACACAGAGGAGGACACCUGGUGUGAUGUGUGCUGCGAGUACAUCUUCCAGCCUGGUCUCACCUGUGCAGGUUGUAAAUACACAUGUCACACAACGUGUCGAGACCGAGUGUCACUGGACUGUCAACCUGCUGCUUCACCUGUCAAUCAAGACCAGAUCAACAACAGCAACACACAUGAUGUGGAAAAGGAGAGAGAGUUACGCACAGAGUUUAGCAGAGAGGAAAUCAGGCACAAGAUUGAACAUUACAACUGUCUGACCAAAGACCAUCUAAAAAUGACACUGGCUCAGUCAGGCGUGUACACUGGGUUCAUUAAAGUGCAGAUGGACCUGCGGAGGCCGGUGACAGUGCACGGUGGACAGAGAGGAGGAACUGUGCAGAAGGAAGCUUUUUAUCUGCCACGAGGCGUCAGCAACACACUGCACAUCAGCUCUAAUAACACAGUCAGAGAGGUGAUUGUUGCCUUGCUGAACAAGUUCACUGUCGCAGACAACCCAGCGAAAUAUGCUCUGUACAAACGCUACCGCAGGGAGGAGCAGGCGUAUGUGUGUAAACUGGCAGAUGGCGAGCAGCCGUUGUUUCUUCGUCUCGUAUCAGGACCUGACGCUGACACGCUCAGCUUUGUUCUGAGGGAACAACAGACCGGAGAAGUCAUCAUGUGGGACGCCUUCUCCAUCCCUGAGCUGCGGAACUUCCUGCGGAUCCUUGACAAGGAGGAGGAGGAGCAAAGGGAGGCCAUUAUUUGCCGCUACAACAGUUACCGCCACAGACUGCAGGAUGCACUGUGGGGAGUAUGAGCGUCUUCUUAGAGGAUUUAACCUCUGACCUACAUGUGUGAGGAUAGAAUGUGAGCACAGAUUGAUGCAGACAAAUGAACACAUAUGUGCUCAUCGAGAUUCAUUCAUUCUCUCAUCCAUCAUCCUGCUCUUCUUCCUCUCUCACUCUCUCACUUAAAUGAUCUUCUUCUUUGUUUGUUUUUUUCAAUUUAAUUAAGAGUUUUAUUUAUUGACUUUUUUAUUUAUAUGGGUGAAGUUUUUAUUGUUUUCUUUUAAAAAUUAGUCUUUUUUGACUCAGAUAAUCAUUUAUUCACAUCAUUUAAUAAUGGAUGUAAAUAUGAAUCAUAGAAAUCAUUCAUGUGCUUUCAUUCAAGCUACAAUUUUUGUUUUUAUUCCAAAAGACCAUUAGCAGUGUGAACGUCCUCAUUAUCUGUGUUUGUCUUCAUCUCUACAGCUUCAGACAGACACAAUAAGACGUGUGAGGACAAAGACAUUUAAACAUCUAAGAAAAGUAAAGAAGACAAAGACAGAGACAUUUAACACUUCAAAAAAAAGUAACAAGGACAAAGACAGAGACAUUUAACACUUCAAAAAAAGUAACAAGGACAAAGACAGAGACAUUUAACACUUCAAAGAAAAGUAACGAGGACAAAGACAGAGAAAUUUAAACAUCUAAGAAGAGGACAGACAUUCAAACACAACAAAUAAAAGUAAGAUGAGGACAAAGACAGAGACGUUUAAACAUCUAAGAAGAGGACAGACAUUCAAACACAUCAAAUAAAAGUAAGAUGAGGACAAAGACAGACAUUCAAAGACAUCAAAUAAAAGUAAAGAGGACAAAGACAGAAGUACUUAAACACAUCAAAGGAAAGUAAGAAGAGGACAAAGAGACACCUGGUCAGACAUGAUGAUGACGACGAUGAUGAAGGUUUCUGGACGUUGACUGAGAGUUUGAGAGGACGUUUAAAACAGAGGAAGAGGAGUUUUUUUCAUUGACUGUAACCAUGACAACAACAUGACUGACAGAGAUUUUUAUGAAGCUGCUUUAAAUAUAUACAUGGAUUUUUUUCUAAAGACCAAAGACAAUCAUUUUCACUGAUCAAUCACAGAUCAAUAUUUCAUCAAUGAUACGAAUCUGAUGUAAAAAAAAAAAAAGACGUCCCGCUGUACCAUUGUGCCACCCAGUGGACAAACACUGAAACUACUCUAUUUAAUAAUUAUCUUACAGAGUUUAUUUCUCAUUUUGUUGUUCGUUUGUUUUGCUGUAACCAAAGAAAAAGGGUUUUUAAUCCGAUUUUAUUAUUAUUAUUAUUAAACACUGGGUUUAAUCUGUGGAGGCAAAAAAAGGCCACAUUAAACAUUUAAAGGUUCAAUCUGCUGAUGUGUGAAGAUUUGUUCAGUUGCAUUAUGGGCAUUUUUUUGGGAUUGAUUCAGUUCCUUUAACCUUUACAUUAGGGUCAUGGGGCGGAGCCAAUCCCAGCUGACAUAGGGCGAAAGGUGGGGUUUAAAUUGAACUUCCUUUAAUUCCAGUAUGUUUUAUUUUCUUGUAAAAACUUUAUAAACGUUAAGCUUUUUGGCCUCUUUUUGCUUCCGUACAGUAAAUGAAAAUUGAUACAAAUGUCACCAUAAAAACUGUUGAUGCAUCUUAAAGCCAUGAUGAUGUUGUUGUUUAUGUAAACGCAUCACACCUGAUAAGUUGUGUCACUUAUUUUUAUUAUGAAUACUUUCUUCCUUUUUUUAGGCACUUUAACUCUGAAUUCAGGGAUUUAUUCAGAUGAAUUUCCAAACUGUGGCCAUGAAACAUUAUUUUAACAUUUUCAUCUUUAUAUAAAAGAUCAACUCUGUUUUCUACUUAAUCUUAUGGAAAUACAGUUUAACAGAAGUUACCUGAAAAACUUCUGUGUGAUUUUUAUUUUCCUGUUUUUCUGACUGUGAAACUCGUUGUGUGUUUAAACGUCUUCACAUUUAUUAUUUUUAUUAUUAUUAUUAUUAUUAUUAUUAUAAUAUAUUAUUACAUGUGCAGCAGCAGGCUCUUUAAUAUAAAUCUGUUUUCUCCACAUUUGAACACGAUGAUUAGAAAUUAUUGAAAGUCCCAGAUUAUCCACUGUGUUUUCAGAUUAUGUUCCUGAUAAUUUCACAUAAUCUGAUUUUUGACAAAAGUUAAAUCUGUGUGUGUUUACUCGUGCUGUUGUACUUUAGACAAACAUGAUCAUGUGACGUGAACCUGGCGAGUUCACGUCACAUGAUCACACGAUACACACAUACUUAACAUAGAUGAGGAUUAGAAUUCACUGAUCUCAUGAUUCUGCAUUAAAGUCUGAACUUUGUCUUCAGUUUUUUUUAACAGCAGCAGAAAAACUGAAGAUUUUUAAUGUACUGAAAUUUGAUUAAAAUUAAAAUCAAAUAUUCCUUUUUC